ACGUCAACCGCGUUCGCGUAGUUUCGAUAAUCGUCGCGUAUUCUUAACCGGACUGAUUGUUUUUUUUGCAAUCUUUAUACUCAGUAGGCAGAAUUUGGCAGACGGAGGUUGUUGUUGUUGUUGUUUUUUGUUGUGGUUUUUGUUUUUGUUUGUUUUCUGUGCAUGUCCGCCUCACUGUGUGAGACGUGAACAAGCAGCAGACAGCUGAACUUUGACCUCCUCUUCGUGCCUUUCGCCACACUGCUGCUGGGUUUUUUUUUUUUUUUCCUGUUGGUAAAACCCAAGCUGGAACAAAAAGCCAAGGGCGGACCUGAUCUGGACUCCAAAGGAGAAGAAUGAAGAAAGUUCUGUCCUUCCUGCUGACUGCGUACGUCUCGGUGCCUGUUCUUCUCUACCUGUUUCCCUGGAUACUGAGCUAUGCCAUAUUCUCUCAUCUGCUGAGGCUUCCAUACUCGGUGGAUCUCCGCAGACCUCAGGAUGUCCUGAACCACACCUGCAACUUCUACCUCAGCCCAGAGGAGGGCGUCUCGGUGGGAGUGUGGCACACGCUCCCUGCCAGCCAAUGGGAGGCGGCCGCUGGGAGGAAUCUCGACUGGUACCAGGAGGCCCUGGGAGACGGGCGUCCUGUUAUUAUCUACCUCCAUGGCAACGUAGGGACCAGGGCGAUCAGUCAUAGAGUGGAGCUGGUGAAGAUCCUGAGUGCUGCAGGAUACCACGUCUUAUCUUUAGACUACAGAGGAUUUGGAGAUUCUUCCGGAGAGCCCAGCGAGGCUGGGUUGACCAACGACGCCCUCUACCUGCACCAGUGGGCAAAGGCACGAAGCAGAGGGAGCCCGGUCUGCCUGUGGGGACACUCUCUGGGCUCUGGAGUGGCAACCAACGCUGCAGUGAAAAUCCAAGAACAAGGUUCUGCCGUCGACGCUCUGAUCCUGGAAGCUCCGUACACGAGAAUUGGAGAAGUCGUAGCAAAUAACCGGCUGGCCAAGCUGUACAUGUUCCUGCCGGGUUUCGAGAGUUUGCUCUGGAACAUUCUGGAAAGGAUCAACAUUUCAUUUUCCAAUGACAAAAAUUUGCAGACGCUGAGCAGCCCCCUCCUGAUCCUGCAUGCGGAGGACGACAAGGUCGUUCCGUUUCACAUGGGUCAGAAGCUGUACCAGAUAUCGCUGCGAGCCCAGAGGGAAUCCGAGACGGGCGAUCGAGUGCAGAUGAUCUCCUAUGGGGCGAACCUCGGACUGUCCCACAGCCGCAUCUGCUCGGCCCCCGACUUGGCAGGCGUCGUGCAGAAAUUUCUACAGAACUUGGAGAGAGAAAGAUGAAAGUCUGGGGGGGAGAAAGAGGAAUAAAUCAUUUUGACUUAAGUUUUGGGUUUUAUUUUAUUAUAGACAGAAGACAAGAACAUAUAUUUUGUGUGUGUGUGUUGUUGUUUUUUAUUUAAACUCCUUUUUCAAAAGCAUCUUUUGAUUCUAAACAUGGUUUCUCUAUCAGGACAGGACACAAACUCAAACAAAUGUU